CGGGGCCCAAACCCGGUCGCGGUACCUCGUAGUCACCCGGAGCGUUCCUAAAAAAUGCAGAGGCCCGGGUUCCACCCCGAAGUCCACCCCUGUCUGCCAGGUGUGGAGAGGGGCAGGAGGAAGGGGCCUGGAAUCUGAGCUUCUGCCUCUUGAAACGACUUCCCAGGAAAUCCAGUCAUCCAGCCACAGUGGUAACCUCUGGGCUACGUAGGUGGCUUAGCACCCAUCGAAGGAUAACAUCCCACUAGAAAUUAAACUUUGUAAGGUUAGGGACCAUGACCUCCCUGUUCCACUGUAUAGGCAGCUUUUUGGAUAAUGCCAGGCCCGUGAUAGAUGCUCAGAAAAUGUUUGCUGGGUAUAUGACUGCAGCAUCCUAAGAUCCCACGAGCCUUUCUCAUCCCUCCCAGGCUGCUUAUGUGGGGAGAGUACUCACACUCCUACUAGGAAAAACGAUGAUGCUAACUCUCACUGAGCACGUGCGGGGUGCUCGCUGUGCUGGGUGCUUUAAUAUGCAUGAUGUUUUUAUGUCUACAUCAACCCUAUUGGAGAGGCGUCAUCUGCACUUCACAAGUGAGGACGCUGAGGCUUGGAAAUGUGAAGCAGUUUACACAAGGUCACCCAGAUAGCGACUGCACCUGGGCUCAGAGUCCACACUCUGAUACCAAAGCUGCACCUGUCAAUGGGGACAUUAUAUUGUGUUGUGACAAUGGAUGUGAAGGUGAUCUGUGGCCUCUUGGGAGCACUGUGCUAACCAGAGCCACCUCAUGCCAGUAGAUUAAUAACAUCAAUGCUAAUAAGUACAGGUAUAUUGAGCCCUAACUGGGUGCAGGAUGAUUUGCUAAGUGCUUAACAUGAGUCUUCAUAACUAACACAUAGAUCUUACCCCAGUUUUAUCAGUUAGGUGAUCAGGACUCACACCAGGUCAAGUAACUUACCUAAGAUCCUGUCCUACACUCGUCCCAAUUUCUUCCCUUUCAGACAUGGUCGCAGUUCUAGGGGAAACCACAGGACACCGUGCCCUGAAGUUCCUCAGGGACCAGAUGAAGAGGGAUCCAGAGGGUACCCAGAUCCUGCAGGAGCGUCCCCGAAUCUCUCUGUCCACCCUUGACCUGGGCAAGCUCCAGAGCCUGCCUGAGGGCUCCCUUGGCCGAGAAUACCUCCGUUUCCUGGAUGUGAAUAGGGUCUCCCCAGAUACCCGAGCGCCCACCCGGUUCGUGGACGAGGAGGAGCUGGCCUACGUGAUCCAGCGGUACCGGGAGGUGCACGACAUGCUGCACACGCUGCUGGGGAUGCCCACCAACAUGCUGGGAGAGAUCGUGGUGAAGUGGUUUGAGGCUGUCCAGACCGGCCUGCCCAUGUGCAUCCUGGGCGCACUCUUCGGACCAGUGCGACUCAGUGCCCAGCACCUGCAAGUGCUGGUCUCGGAGCUGGGUCCGUGGGCGGUUCAGAAUGGGCGCCGGGCGCCCUGUGUCCUCAACGUGUACUUCGAGCGGCGCUGGGAGCAGCCCCUGACGGCCCUGCGGGCGGAGUUGGGCAUCACCGAGCCCCCCAGGCACUUCUAGGGCCUGGCCUAGGCCUGGGCUGUGGCUGGCUCCCCACCCGCACCCCACCCACUUCCCCAGGGCAGAGGCUCCUCCGCCACCACCUUUUUUCCUCUUCUGCCAGCGCUGACCCUUGGACGUAUUUAUCAGGAUUUGUCAUAACGUUGCCGAGUGGCCUUGGGGCUGGCACAGGAGGGAGAGGGCAGUGCAGCGGGGCUCCCAGGGAGUCGAGCGCCCAAGAGAACCACACGGAGCAGGACCCUGCCGUCUGGACUCGGGCUGGGAUGUUCCUGCCCACACCCCUGGCGCAGAGCCUCCCGCCGGCCAGGCUUUCUGGGGCAGGCCGGGUGUCCUCCUGGGAUCGGGGACAGUGCCCAGUUCCAAAGGCCGGAGGAGAGGGGGAAAGGAGUCUCCACGGUGAAGAAAGGCUCUGGUCCCAUCAGGUCCUGCUUCGCCUGCCUUGGUCCCGUACUGGCUGACCCCGGCCGCCUCGGGCCUUGGAGCCCCGAGAGGAAACAUCCCCUCCAGCCUGUGCUUCAGCUGCUUGGCCCAUCUCUGCCCUGAAGCUGGGCAAACGGAUUCAAGCUUCCGACUCCUCUACGGUUCUCUAGUGGAGGGCAGGGGGCAAGUCCCGUCCCCUCGGCCACUUCAUCAGUAAGAGGGGAACGGAAACAGCGCCGCCUCCCGUGGCCAGUGUGGGGGUUUCAGGGGACCCUCAGCAGGAGGGCUUCCGAGGAAGGACCCCAGAGGCAGGCGGGGGAGGCCGCGUGAGACUGCGGGCCGGGGCCACGGAGAGAGGACAGGCGGGUGAAAGGGACUGUUGGAGAGUGGGUGGCCCUGUCUUUGGAUUUAGAGGCAGACACACUGCGAGAAUGGCAGGGCACUCGGUUCCGGGGGGCCAGUUCCUCCUCAUGAGGAACGGGCAACGAAGGCCCAGAGGUGGGCAAGGGCCUGCCUGGGACACAGGUUGCAAGGCCUCCUGCUCGGUUCCCGGGCAGGGCACCUGCCUGCGUGCAGGAGGCGGCCAGCCAGUGACCACGACUCUCAUCAUUGACGUUUCCC